AUGGGUGAGGCUAAGAUAUUGGUGGAAGUGGAGCUGAGUAAAGCAUUCCCUCCUAGGAUUGCUGCAGCUGACAAAAAAGGAAACAUUUCCAUGGUAAAUGUCGAAUAUGCUUGGGUUCCAUCUAUAUGUGGAGAUUGUGGACAGCUAGGACACAAGGCAUCCCGUUGUAUGCGACCCAAUGAAAAAGUUAACAAGUUGGCUUCAAAAGAGGUUACCUCUCCCGCUAUUGAAAGUAUCACCAAUGCCACAGUCUUGGUAUCACCAAUCUCUUUUCAAACUGAGUCCCAAGUAGUUUCUCUUACCACAGUCACAAAAAUCCAAAAUGAUACAGCCCUAGUAGUUGAGGCUGGCCCAAUCCAAGUCAUAGAUCAACGCACCAGAGUGGCCGAAUGCCACACAAAUGUUGAAGCUGAAGUUGUACCUGAGGUUAUUAGCACAGAUGCAACAGAAACUGAACUUGCAGGCUCACGAGAUCAUGUGGUUCUUAGUGAACGUGAGGUAAGAAAUGUCCUGACUGAAAACAGGUUUAGCCAUUUGGGGUCUUCAUUUUCAGAUGGAGCUUCCGUUGAGUCAGAUAGUGAUUCGGUUGAAUCUGAUAGUUCUGACAGUGAGUCGAGAAUAAUGGAUCAACUAACUCCAUCUGGGAAACGAAUUUUACGUGAACGACCGGUUCAAUUGUCCAUCAAAGCUAAGGAGAUACUAGAAUCUUCUGUUGCCCGAGGAAGAGGUAAUCGGGGACGUGGGAAUCGUGGACGCGGGAAUCGCGGACGCGGGAACCAUGAACAAAGCUAG